CUCUGUCACCACCUACUGCUGUGUCCGACCUACAGGGGGGCAGUGUCGCGACUAGAGGGGGCAAGAUCGUCGGAGAAAUAUGGCGGAAUUCCAUGCAAACGAGGCGGCGGCGGCGGCGGCGGCAGCAGCAGCAGCAGCAGCAGGCGGGACUUGCCGUCCUUCAAAUGUUGGGAUUCUUGCGAUGGACAUGUAUUUUCCGCGAUCGUACGUGGAGCAGUCGGACCUGGAGAAGACCGAUGGCUGCGAGGGAAAAUACACGGUCGGGCUCGGGCAGAACAAACUGGCCUUCGUGGAUGAUAGGGAGGACAUCAACUCCGUGCUGAUGACAGUCAUGCAGAGCCUGCUGGAGAAAUACGACAUUGAUCCGGCCAAGAUCGGGAGGCUUGAGGUCGGAACGGAAACGCUGCUGGACAAGUCUAAGUCGGCCAAGACCUGGCUCAUGCCCCUCCUGGGCGAGAGUAACACGGACGUGGAGGGCGUGACCUCGUACAAUGCCUGCUACGGCGGCAGUGCGGCUCUCUUCAACUCGGUGGCAUGGGUCGAGAGCAGCGAAUGGGACGGUCGCUAUGCCCUAGUGGUGUGCGGUGACAUCGCUGUCUACGAGGCCGGCCCCGCCCGCCCGACCGGUGGUUGCGGCGCGGUGGCGAUGCUCGUCGGUCCCGACGCGCCUCUGGUCCUGGAGCCGGGCCUCCGGUCGACUCACUCCCGAGAUGCGUACGACUUUUACAAGCCCAAGCACUCCGAGUACGCAGAAGUCGACGGGAGGCUGUCCCAGUCGGUAUAUUUAGAGUCCGUGGACAAGUGCUACGCCGGCUUCAGGGCAAAGGCGGCAGCCAGGCAAGAAAGACUGGCGGCAUCAUCAGGGGUGACGCAGAGCGGGGGUGCGACCACCCCCCCAGCGGCUGUGACGGUGGACUCGUUCGACUUCGUGAGCCUUCACGCACCUUACAACAAGCUGGUGCAGAAGGGCUUUGCGAGGAUGUCGUUCCUUGAUUUCCGCUCGGACCCUUCCGCGGAAGGGUUCCGGGAUCUGCCGGCGGCGGCCGCGGAGGGAUGGCGCACGGUUGAGCUGGGGGGCACGUACGCGGACCGAGAGAUAGACGCGGCCUUCCGCAAGGCGUCGGCUGGCGAGUUCAAGGCGCGUUGUCUUCCAGCGUCCACAGUCAGCCGCGAGGUGGGCAAUUGCUACACUGCCUCGGUGUUUGCUGGUCUCGUCUCGGUGGUGGCCGAUAAGGGGACCGCUCUGGAGGACGGCGGGGGAGCCCGCGUCUUCAUGUUUAGCUACGGGUCCGGCUUCAUCGCGACUGCCUACAGCUUCAAGGCGAGGCGAUCAACGACGUGCAGAGGGCAGUUCUCCCUCGGAGGCAUGCAGAAGGCUAUGGCCAUCAAGGACCGCCUGGCGAACCGACUUGGACGUAGGCCCGAGGACUUCGCACAGGCUAUGAACCUGAGGGAGCAGACGUACGGGAAGGCUGGGUAUACCCCUAGCGGGGCGACGGAUGCGCUGUUCCCGGGAACGUUCUACCUGACCGAGGUGAACGACAAAUAUCACAGGAGCUACGAAAGGGUGCCGCCACAAGCUUCGUGAUGUUGUACACCAAUCCGCCGUGUAGAUUCUGCAUCGAUGUUGCUUCAAACUCCUUGGGCAUCAUAUCCCAUAUCGAGGAUGCUAGGAUGGUCUCGUAGGAUCUUGAGGCUGUUCCAGUUGUAGCAACCCUGAUUUCUAAAAUACUGCUGACAUUCAACAUGGUUCAGCCCGAGCAGGUGCUUUAGGCCCAGGCCAACAUUUUGGAAGGGGUGCAGAGUGUGGAUGCAGCAAAUGGUUGCCAACCGUGCGUAGGGUGGGCUGUCUGAUCAAUGCGAACCUGUUUGCGAUGUACGCUGCCGUGGAUGGUGUUGCUGAAUUUGCUAGUUGUGUUCGCCUUUAUUGCCAACUAGAAAUGACGAAUAUCCGGUUUGAACGAUGUG